CUUCGACGAACACAAUUUACGAUAUAUAUUAUUUAAAUUAUUUAUCUGUUUUAAUUUGAUCUGCUUUAUACAAUGUUCGCGUCUAAAUUGCAGACUCAAAACGAGAAUAAAGUUAACUUUAAAACGAAAACCCACGCGGAACUACAAGAAUUGUACGAAAGGCAACGCAAAAUCCUCAGUAACGGACGUUUCGUCGAGGGAUUACCCGACAAAGGUGAAAAACUGAAACAGUUCAUUGCUCAGCUUGACAUUGAACUAAACAAACGCAAUGUUCACAAGAAGCUGUGUGAAGAUAUGUUAGCGUUGAACAUUGGCGGUGAUCAGUUGGAUACCCUUGAAUGGACUGGCAAACAUGUCUCGGCGGUAAAUAAGAAUAGCCAGCCAAAUGUCAUGGGUGAUGAAGAAGAAGUAUUGAGAAUGUUUGUUUCACAUUCUGGAGUUAAUCAAGACAAAAUAAUCAUAGAGGAAAAACCAGAAAAAGCGUUGAUCAAACCAUCAGAUUUAAUCGAGGAAGAUCUGAUUGAAGGCAGACAGCAAGAUUACGAUUCCAUAGGAUUCUCGGAAAACAUGGAACGUUAUGCUAGAAAUUUAUGUGGUCGUAUUGACACUCACUUGCCAAAAACAAAAAAGCAUUUUUUAUUAAAUAAACCAGCUGUACCAAACAAACAUAGUGCAGUUAAAUCAGCAGAUGUAAGCCUCAAGGAAUCUGUGAUGUUACAGGUUAAUUACGAAAGUAAAAUGAAGGAAUUAAAAGCUGAACAUUUGAAACAAAAGCCAAUUCCAAAGUUUGAUACAAGUAGUUAUAGAAAUACAAGUUUGUUCAACUAUGACAAUAUUCUUGAAGACGACAGUGAUGAAGAAAGUGACAUACUCAGCAAUGACAGUGAUGCAUAAUUUAAGGUUUUGUUUUGAAACUACUGUUUUUAGUUCCUUGUAAAUAUUUAAAAUGUAAAAUUAUGUAUAAAUUAAAAUAUUAGGUAGGUUCGUUAUGGGUUUUGAUUUAAACUAAGUAUUUUAUUUCUUAAUAGCUUUGUGUAGAUAUGUUUUAAAAAUGUUUCCUCUUUGACAAAAUUAUUUGAUUGUUCGAUAACUGUAUAUAAUAGUGUAUACCUAACUCAUAAUAAACAAAUCGGGGAUUCAUUAUUUGUUUGUUAUAAAAGUAUUUACCAAAUAUUAUUAUA